AAUCUUCAUACAUUGACAGAUCUGUGUUCACUGAUGCUGAUAAUAGUGAAUUCAAUGUUGAAUCAUUGAUUGAGAACUUGAAGAACAUAAUAAUGAAGAAAUUAUCUGUAUUAUAUGUGACUGAGUCUUCUAUAUCUCUCUCUACUCUCUCUGUUUCUUUCUCUGCUGCUCUCUCUCAAUCUUCUACAUCUGUCUCUGUGUCUGAUUUCCCCUCUCCCGCUAUCUCUGUUCCCGUGACUCUUACUUCUGCUACUUCUGAUUUUAUCAUCUCUGCUUUUAUUAUCAGCUCUCUCUAUUUCAAGAAGAUAUUGUAUAGACUUAAUAAAUCACAUCUCUCAAGAAUUAUCUCUCUUCUUAACAGUAUUGAAAUUAUAAAUAUCUGUGUUUUCAGAAAUAGAAACACAGAUGUCAUACUCUUUUACACUUACAGAUAUGAGACUU